CUACUUCCACAUUAUUUAAGAAAAUGCCUCAGGAACUUCCGCCCAAAGACAUAGCAGCUGACCUAGAGAGUGGUGUCAGCGGUGACGAGGCAGAGGGUGAUCGCAUUGAGAUCAACACUAGCAGUACAAUGGAGCCAUCGAUCCCACCACCCAUGUGCUCGUUCGCCGACCUUGGUCUUGAUCCCUGGCUACCCACCGAGAUCCAGCGCGCAUGCAUUCCGCCGAUUCUGGUCGGCCACGACGCAAUUGGCGGAGCCAAGACCGGCUCAGGAAAGACUGCUGCAUUCGCCCUCCCGAUCCUGCAGAAGCUGUCAGAGGACCCGUUUGGAGUAUUCGCAUUGGUUCUGACGCCAACGCGUGAGCUGGCAUACCAGAUUGCCGAGCAGUUCAAUGUUCUGGGCAAGGGCGUCAACAUCAAGGUAACAGUGGCGAUCGGCGGUAUGGACAUGGUUAAGCAGGCCCUGGAGCUGUCGCGGCGUCCACAUAUUGUUGUUGCCACACCUGGCCGGCUAGCAGAUCACAUUGAGAGCAGCGCGAAUGCUGUGCACUUCCAGAAAGUGAAGUUUUUGGUGCUUGACGAGGCAGACCGCUUGUUGACAGAGACGUUUGCGCCCGACAUGGCCGUCAUUAUGAACAAUAUCCCGCGCGACCGGCAAACACUGCUGUUUACAGCCACCAUGACGCCGAGCAUCCUGCAGCUGCGCGAAAAGCCUUCGAAGCAGCCCGUGUUUACGCAUCUGUGCGAUACCAGCGAAGCGUACCUGGUCCACCUGCUGAUGUCGAAUGUGUCCAAGCUCGAGAAGCGCCGGGGACAGCCAAAGCUCAACGACGAUGGCGACGACAGCGAGUCAGAUUCCGAUUCUGACGACGAUGCGGGCGAUGAUGGCAAGACUGUGGGCAAAGACAAGUCUAUCAUGAUCUUUGUUGGCCAAUGCAAGCAGGCAGAGUCCCUGCGCGUAAUGCUGUUUGAGCUUGGGUUCCGCGUCACUGCUCUGCAUUCCAAGAUCUCGCAGCAGGAGCGGCUCAACAGCCUGGGGAAGUUCCGUGCCGAGGCGGUUCCCCGUGGCCUCGAUAUCCCCUCAGUCGAGCUGGUUGUCAACAUGCACGUGCCGCGCGACCCUGACGAGUAUAUUCACCGUGUCGGCCGUACUGCACGUGCGGGCCGCGGUGGCCGGGCCAUUACCAUUAUGUCGGAGAGCGAUAUCAAGCUUAUCCAUAACAUCGAGGCGCGUAUUGGCAAGCAGCUGGAGGAGAUGCCGAUCAGCGAGAAGAAGGUUCUCGAGGGCAUGGGCAAGGUUCUGAGGGCAAAGCGCACGGCGGCCUUGCAUUUGCUCGAGUCUAACUUUGGCGAGCGCGACAAGAUCCGGAAACAAAAGCGCAGCGGCAGCAGCAGUACACGGCCGGGAAAGCGGCCAAAGAAUUAGAAUUACAAACAUUACUACUAUUAAAUCGA